AUGCCUCCCAAGACCAAGAAGUAUCACGCCGUUGUCAGGGGCCGUAUCGACACCCCGACUAUUUAUUCAUCCUGGGCGGAAGCUCAUCCCAAAGUGACUGGGCUUAGUGGCGCCAUCUUCAAAGGUUUCUUGACGAUUGAAGCAGCACGGAGAUACAUGAAGGAGCGUGGGGUGGCGAACCCCAGCGAGGUCAUCAAGGAUGGAGCCGGCAGUAAGGCACCGGUGGGAGAUGACCCCUGUUUUUAUGCCAUUGCCAAUGGAAAACAUCCUGGUGUAUAUACCGAUUACCACAAGGCGGUUGACUACUUUUUCGGCAACUGUUAUCAACUUUUUGGCACUAGAGACGAAGCUGAGGCUUUCAUCACAAAGACUGGGAAAACUCCUACGCCGAUGUGUGCCGACUGGAGAUAA